UUACUCUUAUUACCUACAUUACCUUAUUAUUACUCUUAUUAUCUAUAUUACCUUAUUAUUACUCACAUCACUCUCCCCCCAUUUCCCCUUAUUAUUACUUACUCUCGUAUUAUCACUCUCCCACCUUAUCUUUCCUUAUUUUCCCUACCUAUCUAUUAUACUACUUACUUAUACUCGUCUUAUUACUUACCUUAUCUUUACUCAUAUUAGCUUAUUACUUACCCUUACUUACUUAGUUAUAGUCACUAUUAUUUAUAUUACUUACUUAUUACGUAUUAUUAUCUCUCACCUUAUACUCCCCUUACUCUAUCCUCUUCUUCUCCCACUCUUACUUAUUACCAUCUACUUACCUAUAUUCCCCCACUACUCAUACUCUCUUUCCUCAUAUUCCCCCACUACUCUUCUUCACCUUCCUUAUUUUACUUACCCAUACUUACUUCCUCACUUACUUAGCCAAUUAAUUAAUUCAUUUACCUUAUUUUAUUAUCACCUAUCAUCACUUCCCUACUCUUUCUUAUUUAACUCCCUUAUCUUUAUUUAUUUAUAUUUCUUAUUAUCUCCCUUACUUAUACCUACUAACCCACCCCUUCAUUCCUUACCCUACUGUCUGUCUUUCUAUAUUUCUCUCUUCCUUACUCUACCCUCUUAUCACUUCCUUACCUUAUCAUUACUUAUUACCAUAUCUCUCUCACCUUAUGUUCCCACUUAUCUAUUACACUUACUUAGUCAUGCUCGUCUUAUUACUUAUAUCACUUACUUACACCUUACUACUUAUUAUUGCCUAGCUAUUACUU